UCUUGGUGCCAGAUACCACAGCACACCUUCAGGGGUUGAAUCUACUAUUAACUGUAAUGUAAAUCUAAACGAUGGACGAUUCAGAUCAGGACUUCUCCAUCCUCUGCUCUCGGCUUCUGAAGAGGGUCAAGCGGAAAGGGGAAUCCGGCGAUGAGAAGAAACCGGCACUGAAAGAUGAAGAUAAGAAAGAUGAAGGUUCACAGGUACAGAGCAGGAGUAAACUUACAUGUAAAAAAAAGAGAGAGAAGAAGGAAGCGGUAAAGGAGAAGGAGAAGAUCAGGACAGAUGAAGUUCUAAAUGAAGGAUCAGAGGAAGCAGUGGUGGAAGGAAACAAGCCGCAGGAGAAGAAGGUGAGGGCGAAGGAUAAGGUGCUGAGCAGGAUGCAGAGGUUUAAGAGAGCCGAUCCACCUCGCCUACAGCACACCGAGAAAGAAAAACCUACAGAAAACGCAGACAGUGUUGCUGAAACUCCAGCAUCACUGCCCAAUCAAGAACCUCCCGAGAAAGCUGAAAGUGACGACGUGGUGGCUCAGAGAUUACAGAAACAGUCAGACAGUAAAGCUGAAACCCAUGCUGUGGUGGACGUAGAGGAUGGAGGACUGUUCUUUUGCCAGCUUUGUUACAAAGAUCUGUCAGCAAUGAAUCAUCAGCUCCGCACUCAACACAUUAACAGGUGUUUGGAUAAAACUGAGAACAGUAGCUCCGGAGAUCCUCCCCCUCGCCCUCCUCCUCGCCCCCGUGUACCCGAGUGCCCCAUCUGCGGACGGGGCUUCAAGUCUGAAAAGACUCGUUCCGCCCACCUGAAGCGCUGCUCGGCCGCCAUGGGCGUGUCCCCGGCCGAGCUGCUGCGGGUCCUGCACAGACAGGCUGCCGAGACUCGAAGCAACAGCGCGGACGAGCCUCGAAGACCGACGGGUGGCAGUAGUGACACCUCAGACUCCAGCAUGCCCAAGAGAAAGAAGGCCCGGAAGAGAGCUCCACGCAUGGACGAGGACACCAUGGUUGCCAUGGCUUUAUCUCGUUCUCUGCUGCAGCAGGAGAUCGAGAGAGAGAGAGACAGGGAGGAGGAAAGACAGAUACAGUGCCUACUGUCUAGCUCUCCUACGAAAAUGGCUUCUGCACUAGUGCAGAAGAAAAGUGCACCAGGUAAAGGUCGUGGGAAAAGGAGGAAACUCCUUGCCGGUCCCCCACCCCUCCUCCUCAUACAGGACCCUCAGACAGCUCAGAUCCGGAUCCAAGAGCGCGUGUCCGCCCUGCUGCUCUGUCCCCGACCUCCCACUCCUCCUACCCCCACUUUGCCCCCCUCAUCACUUCCCACACGUCCAGACAGCGCCAUACUCUGGAUCAAGAGCGCCCUGCCUGGAGGAGGUCCAGCCACAGUGUGCGAGUUCUAUACCACAGAGCUACGUACGUUCAUACAGCCAGGAGUCAAAUCAGAGAAACAUCAGUCCCUUUGCUCGGAAGUGACUCCGGUAAAACAGCAUCCUGCAGCAGCCUCAAAAGCUACUACAGAUCCAGAGCAGCGGUUGACAGACCGUCCCGCAACCAGAAACCUGGGCAUGCCUGGCACACAGGCUCUCCAAGACCUCGUUGACCUGGCAGAGGAGGGCAUGACGCUGACACAGUCCAGAUGCACAGAUAAGGAUCCAGCUGUGGCUGAACCUCAUCUGAGUGGAUUUGUCCGUGAACCUGCAGACAACAAACAUCAGAUCCCAUCGGUGACCGUAUCCCGGUUGUGUUCGGAUUUGGGCAGUAUGGUGAAUAACCCUCAGCUCAGUGAUGUCCAGCUGCAGGUCGACACAGGAGAAGUUUACUACGCUCACUCCUUCAUGCUGUACACCCGCUGCCCUCUUCUGGCUAACAUGGUGCAUGAUGAAGGAUUCGGGGUGCAGGAGGAGGGCUUUCGUCAGGCUCAAAGACUAUUACUGAAUGAUGUUUCGGGUGAAGCGGUCCACGCUCUGUUGCAGUAUCUGUACACCGCCAGCUGUCCCCUUACGCAUGCCUUGUUGCCACAUGUAAUCCAACUCGCCACCAGGUUUGGUCUGUCUGAGCUUCAGCAGCAAUGUGAGCAGCACUUGGAGAAUUCAGACAACCCUAACGAAGAUACACAGGACUCUUGUCCGGAUCAAGAGCUUGAGGCUGGCCCCCAGCAGAGCCUGGCUGACACCCAGUUCAUGGAUCUCCUGCGGUCCAUGUGGGAGCAUGAAGAGAACGAUGCAGAAGAGACUGGAGAAGCCGGAGGACAGACAAAGGGUGAUGAUGAAGCGGGUCGUGGUGAUCAUGAGAUCAAAGAAGAAGUAGUGGAUGAGGAGGAGCUUGACGAGAUUUAUGAGUUCGCAGCCACACAGAGGAAGAAGGGCAAUGAUGACGAGGCGGACAAUGAGACCAACGAGGAGGAGGAAGAUGAGAACAGGGAAGAUAGUGAUGACGUUAAAGCCAGUACUAGUCCUCCAGGUCAGACCAUUAAUUGCCAGCCUGAUGCUAAGGCAGAUACAGAUUUAGGCCUCAGGAGAAACCCAGAUGCUAGUUUAGAUCGCAGCUAUAGUCGCCUGUUCUCUGAAUCCUGGGGGGAGUACAUGGAACCGACUCAGACUCAACACAGAGCCCAAUACAAAAACACACCUGCUGCACGUCGUUCAUCUACCGUCAGUGAAGUGAUAGACUUGAGCAUAAGUCCACCACCAGGAUCUGAAGAACCCGACCAACUCUUCCUUCCAGUUGCUGGCGUUUCUCCAGGUGAAAAGGAAGACCCCUCAGAUCCAAACGACGUAUCUAAUGACCCUAAACAAACGUCAGGAUUCACAAGAGCAUGCUCUAGAUCUCCCGUUCCUAGAGGAACCCAUGUGGAGACAUCGACCUCUGUACCUAGUAGUAGCAAACCCGCGGGUUCUCAUUCGAAUCGAAGCCACCCUGAGCUAAUCGUCCUGUCUGACUGUAGCGACGACAUGGACGUCGACCCUCCCGCUAGACCUAAUCAGAGCUACACUCGCGUUAAAGAUCGCCCUGAAGUCCGAUCUUCUCAAACGUCUACACAUCCAGAACCUUCCGGAAUGGGUGGCGCAGACGAGUGCGGAUUCAACACCUCGGCUGAGGUUUCCUGGCUCAUCCCGGCGACUCCGGAACCCUCCGCGCGCGCCAAUUCCUGGCAGACUGGCAGCAGCAUGCGCCGCACCCAGCUCUUCCCUAAAUCGUGCCCGUCGUCGUCAGUUUCAUCCGCCUCUUCUUCUAAGACCGCGCAUCGACCAUCCAACGUAGAAUUGCAUCUCAGCAGUGAAAGUUCAGUCGAUGACGCAUCGAAACCACCCAGUGGCUCGAUUUCCAGAUCGUCCCAGACAUCACAGAGUUCCUUCACGAAGCAGACGUUACGGAAUACUGGACACGAACCUUGUAGCAGCACGCCCGUCCACUCGAACCCUCUUUUGAAGAAACUGGACGCUCUGGAAUCUCCUCUGUUGAAGGAAGAUGGGCUAAGAACCCAGAAAUUUGGAGAGCUCGUAUCUCUCCAGCUUAGCCCAUUCCAGAAAGCAUGUCGGAGAACUUCCACCAGUUUCCCGUCUCCAAACGCAGAUGAGAUGAAGACUGAAGAACCACCUGGAACGGAAGACCUGCCAAACACAGUGAUAGAAGAGGAAGCUGGAACCAGUUUCUGUGCCUUCGACGAACCCCCAAUAGCGUUUGACGAUUCCUGGGGUCUGGGCGGUGCGCUGCCCGAGCAGCCACCGUGUUUCAGCCUGAAGCUGGACAGCAGUGAAGAUCCAGCCAGUCCCGCAGAAGGUCCCGCAGAACGUCCUUCAGAACACAGAGGUAGAAGUGAGACCCAGGAUCGAAGCGCCUCGCACAAUCACAGUCUGCCGAACGCUGACAAUUGGGACAGCUGGAACGGAGAGGAUGAAGAUGAAGUAGCUCCUGCUCCUCCACUCUCCGAGAGAUUAGGUCCAGCGCCUCUCGCCAAGAGAGUGGCGCAGUUAAAGACACCGGUUGCCUGCAAGAAGAAGAAUCAAGCCUCUCUGGUGCCCAUCACACCCAUGCCAGGCUUUUCAGACAUGGACACACCCGAGUUAAAGAACAGACUGAACAGGUUCGGAGUGCGCCCUCUCCCCAAGAAGCAGAUGGUGCUGAAGCUGAAGGAGAUUCAUCAGUACACCCACCAGCUGAUGAGCUCCGGCUCAGAGGAGGAAACCUCACCGAAGGCUCGUCCCAAAUCUGCACUCCCCCAGCCUUCACUGCCCUGCUUCAAACAACCCGCCGCGCCUCCUCCGGUCUCUCCCCGCAAACUGCUGUUUAAUGAGGAGGAGCAGGACGGCCUUCCUGCAUCUCAGGAUUCAAGCACCUCGUCCACCGCCGAGUCAGAGAGGUCCAACCCGGAGUUAUGCGACUCCGACUCCGGCGGCUCAGACACCGAGGGUGUCACCGCGUCUCAGGCAGCGGUCCGCGAGAAGGAUAAACUCCAGGCCGUGCGUUCGUUCAUCGCGUCAGACCCGCUGCUUUACCGCCAAGUGUUGCAGUAUCAGCCGCUCUCGCUGUCUGAUCUGAAGGCCAGGCUCCGGGCGGCGGGCAUCAGGUUGGGCACCGCUAAGCUGCUAGACUUCCUGGACUCCCAGUGCAUCACCUUCACCACGGCCAAACCGGGCCAGGCAGGACCCUCGCGCAGGAAAGCACGCACGGCAGGCAGGGGGAGGAAGAGAACCACCAAAGCAGCUGUUUAAGAGGGACUGUAGACGAGCCUCUUGGAUGAGCUGCACGAGAGGGCCUGUUUUACCAAGCAGAAAAAAAGACUUCAUUUCAGCACAUCUAGAACUUCAACACGGGUUGUAAAGCUUGCUCGACUGUGGACAUUGUCUCCCGUAUUCCAGCAGAAUGAAACCUCACCAUCCGGAUGAAUGUAGGAGGUUCUGUUUUUGUUUUUUUGUUUUUUCUUCCUCCAACCUGGACAAAGAUGCAACUGUUAUGCACACUUAAAAAAUGUUUGUACAUUAAUUUUUAUAAGACGAUUACUGACUAUUUAUACAGUAACAAGUUAUAAAUAAAAUGUAAAAGAAAAA